AUGAUUUUUGAAGAAAAAGUUCACCAUCUAAUAAUUGAUAGUAAUGAAGGUCUGGCUACCUGGUUUCGCUCAAGUAAUUAUCCAGGUAAAAGUUUGCGUACUAGUUUGAGUUAUUGUGAUUUCACAAAUAGCGAUGUGGAUGCUAUUAUUUCAAGUUGUAAUCACUUAAGGGCAUUUGACUUGAGUUUUUCUAUCACUCAAACAUUACCAGAUAAAUUUGAUAAAUUAUUACACUUGAGGUACCUUGAUCUGUCAAAUAAUGAUGAAUUGGAGAUGCUCCCUAAAUCGAUCGCCAAGCUUCACAAUCUACAAACGUUAAAACUAUUUAAAUGCAGACAACUAAAGGAGUUGUCUCAUGACACAAACAAACUAGUAAAUCUUAGAGUGUUGGACAUAGAUGAGUGUGGUAGCUUGCUUUAUAUGCCAGCAGGGAUGAAUAAAUUAAUAUAUCUUCACACACUACCGUUGUUUUUAUUGUAUGAUUUUGAUGAACUAAGGCAUAUUAAAAAAGGCAAGGUCAUAGAGUUGAUGACUCUUUUUAAUAGCCUCAGAGGUUUUAUCAAAGUUCAUCAUAAUUCAGGCAACCUUAAUUUUUCAAAAUUAGAUAUUAUGCAUGCUACACUACAGUCUUUAAAAUUAAUAUGCAUAUUAGUUUCUGGUCACAAAGAAGGUCACGAGUCAGCGCUGGAGAGCCUGUUAUUUAGUAACCAAUUUCACGAGAUGAAGGUGGAGAAUUAUGGUGGUACCAUGUUGCCAAGUUUGACGCCAAGGCUUAUGAGCAUCGAGUUGGAAAGAUGUGAUGAGUUGCAAUACAUCCCAUCAUCACUGAGUCAACUUUGUCAUCUCAAAUAUUUUAAACUUAAGGAGUUGAAGAAUGUAGAGUUCAUAAAGUAUGAUGCACCAUCUUCAUCGGCUAUAUUCUUCCCCUCUCUUGAGAAGUUAGAGAUACGUGAGAUGCAAAAAUUAAAGGGAUUGUGGAUGGAGGAUGUUGUUUUCGUUCCAUCAUUUUCUAAACUCCUCUUUUUGAAAAUUUCGUAUUGCAACAGAUUGACAUACUUUGUCAGUGAAGCACUGACAUUUUGUAUGGGAGGAGGCGGUGUUCAAAGCAUUCCAAUCUCAUUGAAGAGGUUGAGAAUAAAUAACUCAUACAUUUUCAAUUCCCUAUUUAGGGAGUGUGUGGGAAGCGUUGAUCGCAUCGAAUUGAGUGAUAUAGAAAAUUUGGGAGCCCUUAGAGAGGGACUUCAAAAGCUGUGGCACUUCUGUUCGAAACCUUGUGAUUGGGUAUUGUAG